AGUCGAGCCGCGCUGUUGUGUGUCUGCUAGUCUUGGACAGUCGCGAGUUUGUUUGUCCGUUGCUUAGCGACAAGUAUGUGCGGUUCGAUAUAGACCAGUACGAGUAGUGGUGUUGUUGUGACCAUGGCUUUAUCUGUGUUUUGUGUGUUUCUCGUGCUUAUGUACAGUGUCUCCGCCAGUCCUAUAUCCAUGGUAGGCACCGGCUAUGAAGGGAUCACUGUCACCAUAGACCCCACGGUACCGGCGGUCAACUGCGGGAUAAUAUUGGCUAACUUUGAGGUGGCGGCCGCGGCGACGUCCCAGGCUCUACACCACGCUCUGGACGGCAGAGCUCACUGGUCCUCUCUCACAGUGAUGCUGCCCUCCCACUGGCCAGACUCCUGUGUCCCCGCACACAUCCCCGUGCCGUCCCAGGGCGAGGCCCCGGACAUCCGCAUCGGCGCCACUCACCCCGUGUAUGGCGACACCGCAUGGACCCAGCAGUCCCGGGGUUGUGGCCAGCAGGGAGACUUCAUCUACCUCAGUCAUCGUCUGCUGCUGGAACCCAAGGAUCUCGGACGCAUGCUGCUGAGAGAGUGGGCCAAGUAUCGCUACGGAGUGUUUGAUGAGGUCGGAUACAUGGGAGAUCCAGUAUAUCCUGCUUGCUACCAUGGAGACCUACAUCAGGAGAUACAGAUCAACGGGUGCUCUGACAAACCUCUGCAACAUGCUGGAGAGUGUCACUCGGGGAUGGCUUUGAACGUUUCACACACAAUCCACCCAGAGGCCAGGACGUCGCUUAUGUUUACCUCGGAGCCUGAACACGUAAACCGCUUCUGUGACUCCAUCACUCACGACCGCUUUGCCCCGACCAAACACAACUCCCUAUGCGGCCAUCGCAGCAUCUCGGAAAUCAUCCAGAGCCAUCGGGAUUUCCAAGACAGUAUUGUCAGCGACAUCUCAGUGAACACGACUCCGAACAUAAUGUACAAACGAGCCACUCUGACAAGAUAUGUUGUUGUCAUCGAGGAUACCAAGGAUAUGUUGAUCAGAGAAUCAUGGAGUUUCCUCCGUCUUGCACUGAGGAAGUGGGUUGUCCAUGAUCUACACGCCAACACUGAGGUGGGGCUGGUGUCAGCCAAUGAGAGUACAUUCCACCGCCUACGGGGACUCAACCCUCUACAGACGACGGGGGCCAGGGACCUGGUGGCCUCUAACAUCCCCUACACCCCCGGAGACACACGGGCCCCUGCCUGCCUCAGCUGUGGUAUCAAGGAGGCUGUGCAGAUGCUACAAGAUAGAGAAAGACUGGGAGGUCCAGCAGCCUCAGUGAUUGUCGUCAUCGCUCCUGGGACAUCAGAACACACCCCUGAACUGGAGAUGGCCGUCGACGACGCCAACGCUGCCAACAUACGCAUCGCUACAAUCACAUACCCUGCACAGCUGCGGUCCCGACCCUUGGACUGGCUAGCUAAUGCCACUGACGGAGUAGCUUACACAGUCAAUGAGAGCAGAUACAACAUGGCUACUUCAUUCCUCUCCACAUACUUCAGACUGACCACCGUCAUGUGGAACCUCAUGGAGACGUACUACCAGGGAGACUCAGCUGACUUGCCCAUCGAGAUCCACCGCAGAGAGCUGUUGGAUGAUGGCCGCAACAGUGUCACUGGCAGCUUCGUGUUGGAGGAGUGGCUAGGAGAGCCUGCCAAGUUCUUCAUCUACACUCACAACACUGAGAACCCUCUGAUCAGAGGAAUCACAUUGACCAGUCCAUCACACAGAGUGUACAACACUCGGUCUGAUUCUCUACUGUCUCUCAAACUGCUCUCUCUGCCUGCCAACAUCAAUGAGACGGGCACGUGGACAUACACCAUAGAGAGGUUCCCAGGCUCGCCUCAGCCUCACUAUGUCCAAGUGAUGGCCACCCCGUGGAGCAGGACAGCAGCUGUAGUCAGGGCCAGGAUGUGGACCAGUCAGACCAACAACCCCUUCGUAUUGUACACCGAGGUAAAGCGAGGGGACUGGCCAGUGCUGGGUGCCCGAGUAGAGGUGACUGUCACUCGGCCAGAGACAAACGGUUCUGGCAUUCACCGAGAGAAGUUUGAAUUGCUUGACACUGGCAGUGGAGAUCCAGACUUGAUGAAGGGAGAUGGCAUCUAUUCCCGCUACUUCAGUCCCAGUGUUGGUGGUCCGGGGGUCUACACUUUCGAAGUUACUGUCACUGACAAUGGCAACACUGCAUACUCCUGGCAACACGAGAUGAGGCAUCACGGCCAUCACCUUGAACUUUCACCAAACUGCUGUGGAAGCUUCAUGCCAUCACCGUCAGUUGAGCCCCUCUCUCCAUUCCAGAGACUUCUGCCUCCGUUCACUGUGGAGUUUAGCAAGGAUGUGGUUAUGAACCCAGCUGUUGUUGGAAGAGUUGGAGACCUCAGAGCGGAGAUUCUUCCUUCAGAACUAAAGGCACGACUUAUCUGGACAGCUCCUGACAUGGGAGGCACAUCAGUCACUCGAUAUGAAGUCAAAUACGCACUGACCAUUGGUGAAAUCCUCGACAGUUUUGACAGUGCAACAUCGUGGACUCAUGCCACACCUUUCCCUCUCGCACCAGGAUCCGAAACAUCCUUCACAAUUGAUCUGACUCGGAAUCCUUCAUUACUCGACCAAACUCUGUUUGUUGCCGUGAGAGGUUUCAAAGAUCAAUCCCCAGAUGCCAUUCCUGGGCCUGUUUCCAACUGGGUGAGAGUUUUAGUCCCCUCUCCCCCUCCACCCCCUCCUCCAGCCCCUACGUUUCCUUCGUCUCCCACAGAAGAUUUCUGGCCUCAACCUGAUGAAAGUGUUAUUCCGAAAAUAGCCGACCGUCUUGAAUUCAACCUCGAGUUAAUCUUACCUGUGUUCAUUGGAGUUAUUCUUCUCGCCCUAUUCCUCACAAUUUAUUGUUACUUCUGCAUUAUUAGGCGUAAAAAACCAGAAAAAUCAGCUCAAGCCAACUCACAACAUCCAGAAAAACCCCUUAACGUAUCUAUUGUUCCAACAACACCGACGAGCAAUGCAAACAUUUCUAUUUCUUCUCCAAUAAUGGGUUCUCCUACAAGAUCAGAACCCGACACACGAACUAUGUCUCCUCAGUUCGAACCUUGCUUGAUCGAUCAAGAUGAAGCCAAAAAGAGAUACAGCGUGGCACAAUACAACGACAGUCAUAUGAUGAGUAGAGAAGGAAUCAUUCCCAACUCUAACGGACACUUAAGUGUCAUUAGCGCUAACCACGCAAACCACCACCAGAACGGAAAUGGAACUCUGGUACGAGGCCGUACUCUUAGUCCUUACCAAUCCUGGACUGCUUCACAACUGCUGCACGAACACGAAAGACGACACAGUCCGUACGGACAAGUCGGAGAAGAAUACUUACAGCAAGACCAGCAAUACGCUCCUCCAGUCCCUCCCUUGCCCUCGUACAACCAACAAGAGAUCUACGGCAACAACCCCCACCAUCAGCAACAGCAGCAGGUGCCACCCCCCGGCCAGUUCAUCAACGGCUACCACAGAAACGGCAACCUGAUGUUGUUCAACCCCAGUCUACAAGGGUCCCUGAGCUCUGUCAGCAGUGGUGACCGCAAGAAACGCAAUGUCACCAUGGUCUAGAGCCAAGCUCAAACUGUCUUAGAUGCCAAUAGUUAAUAUUUUUUCUGGAAACCAAAUAUUGGUUGUGCUUUGUAAAUGUUUUUACCUGUGUAAUAUACUUGUAAAUAUUUUUCAAUGUUUGCUUUCCAGUGAAAAUAUUUCUAAAAGAAUGAUGCUUUAAUUAAUUUUGUCCAUUUUAUUUUUACAUGAAUGCCUUUUUAGGGCUUUAAAGUUAUUUUGUAAACUACUCAAUAUUACAUUAGUGGUUGGAAAAUAAAUAUACAUAGAAAUGAAUUUCUAUCAGUAUAAAUACUUUGUUAGUAAGAAAAUGCAAAAGUGUUACUGUAUUUGAUUUAUUUAAGCAAUGUAUUAGAAUAAAUUUAUCUAAGCCAUACUUUUGGCUUGGCAUCUAAGACUUUAUUUACCCAUAAAGACUGAUUACAAGAAUUGAUAGUAUUUAACUGCUCAUCAUUCCUCACAUGGGCAUUUAAUUCAAUUAAUUUUGAUACUGAUAGGUGCAGAUGGUCGAAGCUGUUCUAGUCAUUGAUGCAUGCAUUGUGGACACUAAAAGAAAAAAAAUCUGUGAUAAAAAAGAGCAAAACUUCCGUGCACUUCACUGAAGUUAACAACCCUGCCUGACCUAGUAGAUAAUAUUCCCGAUAUGAAAAUUUUUGUCCCCUAAUUAUUUUUCCCUAAAUGAAACCUCUAAAAGAGCUCAGAAAUUAAUUCACGGUAGUGGUUGGGUUAUUUGCCUUAAAACAUAAAUAUAUUUUCCACAAAUUAUUUUUUAUGAAAGAGAAAUACAAAUAUGACUUUUAGUUUUAUGAAAUUAUAAUAUGUAUUGAAGUGAAUUGAAAUGAAUACACUUGGUUGUACUAAAUAUUCUUUUUAUUUAAAUUAUUUUGUUCUAAAUACAGUUGUGCUAUAUGUUAAUCAAGGAGCAAAAGGGAAGCCAAAAUGCAUGAUCGGUUUUUGGAAGAAAUACCUAACUGAUAUUCUGUACAUCAGUGUAAAUAUUUUUUUAACAUAAGAAAUAAAAUUGAUCUCUUGUUGAAUCUACCUUGUAAGUUAGUCCAGGAGAGCCCUGAAGAGCCAUUUACUUGUUAUACGAUGUAUUGACCAUUACCGUUAUUAUAAAGUAUUUUAAGUGUAAAUUCAGGUGUCCUCUCGGUGUAUUGUAGCAUCUCCACCAUUGUACUUGUACAUUAUAGCAAUAUGGCGUUAAGUUAGACAAUCGAUUGUGUCUUUUAUUUUGCCAUGUUUCGUCAAAUGGUUUUACAUUUGGUAUUUUUUUUUUGCAUGUAGAUAAUGUAUAUAUACUUAUGUACUUGAACGUAUCAUGUGAAUAAUGUGUGUAAAUAUAUUUUAAUUAUCUUGAA